GCCAAAUCGGCAAGUCUUCACACAUAGCCCAGCCUCUGUGCAGGGUCCAGAGCUGAGACCCAAAGGGGCCCUGGCGGGAGCCGAUGAGGACACUACUGACCAUCCUAGCUGUGGGAUCCCUGGCCGCUCGUACUGCUGAGGACACAUCUGGGCUCCUUCAACACGUGAAAUUCCAGUCCAGCAACUUUGAAAACAUCUUGACGUGGGAUGGUGAGCCAGCUGGCACCCCUGGCACGGUCUACAGCGUGGAGUAUAAGAGGUACGGGGAGAAAGCGUGGCUGGCCAAGGCGGGCUGCCAGCGGAUCACCCAGAAGUCCUGCAACCUGACGAUGGAGACCCGAAACCACACCGAGUUCUAUUACGCCAAGGUCACGGCUUUCAGCCCGGGGGGCCCGCCAGUCACCAAGAUGACUGACCGCUUCAGCUCAUGGCAGCACACUACCAUCAAACCACCUGAAGUGACCUGUAUCCCCAAAGUGAGGUCCAUUCAGAUGCUGAUCCACCCCGCACUCACGCCCGUCCUCUCGGAAGAUGGCCACCGGCUGACCCUGGAGCAGAUUUUCCACGACCUGUUCUACCGCUUAGAACUCCACGUCAACCACACCUACCAAAUGCACCUCGAAGGCAAACAGAGAGAAUACGAGUUCCUUGGCCUGACUCCGGACACAGAGUUCCUUGGGUCCAUCAUGAUCUCCGUUCCUCUGUGGUCCAAGAAGAGCGCGCCCUAUGUGUGCCGCGUGAAGACGCUGCCUGAUCGGACAUGGGCCUACUCCUUCUCCGGCGCAGUGCUGUUCUCCACAGGUUUCCUCAUUGGCUUGCUCUGCUACCUGGGCUACAAAUACGUUACCAAGCCACCCGUCCCUCCUAACUCUCUGAAUGUCCAGCGUGUCCUGACCUUCCAGCCUCUGCGCUUCAUCCAGGAACAUGUUCUGAUCCCUGUCUUGGACCUCAGCGGCCCCCACGGUCUAGCUCAGCCUAUCCAGUACUCCCAAGUGGUGGUGUCCGGGCCCAGAGAGCCACGCAGAGCUGCACAGCGGCCCAGCCUGCCUGACGUGUCCUACGUCGGACAGUCGGACGUCUCCUUCCUGCCAACCAAUGUGCCACCUCAGCAGACACUGUCCCCACCGUCCUAUGCUCCGGAGGCUGUCUCCGAGGUCCAGCCCCCCUCCUAUGCUCCUCAGGUCGCCUCUGAUGCCAAGACUCUGGUCUACUCGCCGCAGCAGGUGAUGAAGACCCGGCCUCCCACCUACAGCCCGCAGGGCAUCCUGGACAGCUGGCCUGCCUCCUAUGCUGUGUGUGUGGAAGACCCUGGCAAAGACUGCACCGCUGAGGUCCUCUCCAACCCCAAACACCUCAAGCCGAAAGGUCAGCUCAAGGAAGACGCACUUGCUGGAAGCUGUGUCUCCGGGGAACUUUCUCUACAGGAAGUCACCUCCUUGGCUGAGGAGGGAGCACAGAGACCAAAGUCCCUUCCCCUACCUCUGGGGUUUUGCACGGACAGAGGGCCUGACCUUCAUGCACUGCACAGUGGGGAACCAGAGACACCUCGAUACUUGAAGGAGCCACUAUCCCUCCUGUCCUCUGUCCAGAUUGAGGGCCACCCUGUCUCCCUCCCUUUAAAUACCCAUUCCCUUUCAUGUUCCCCCCUGGACCAGGGACCAAGUCCCUGGAGCCUGCUGGACUCCCUCGUGUGUCCGAAGGAUGAGGGUCCAGGGGCUGAGGCCGUGAGCCCCAGUUCCCCAGCUUCUGAGCUGGAGCAGUCCACAGAACUGGACUGUCUUUUCAAAGGCUUGGCCCUGACUGUGCAGUGGGAAUCCUGAAGGGAGGUCAGAGCAAGCAAGAACUAGGCUUCCUCCUGCCCCACCCAGCUAACAACCCCACACCCACCAAGCUGCAGGCUCUAAAGGCCCAACCCCAGGUGGGUGCCCUGGCGAGAGCCAGAGGAAGGGAGAUUUGGGCGCUGAGUGGGAAUACAAAUGUACGGUGAGGGCUGCCCUAGAGAAGUUACAGGCAGGCAGUAUGUACAAAUGGCCUGAGCCACAGGGCCGAGCAGGCAAGACAGACAGCGUGGGGUAAUUCGGGAAACCUGGAGAGCCUGUGCCACCCCUCUGCUCCUAGAACGUUGGGCUGGAGACUGCCUCUCUUCCCUUGCUUCCUGGCCAGCUCCCAAAUCUAGUUUAACCACGAGUGACUCAUCCACCUUCUCUGGAGGAGCUUGGACCGGAAGGAAGCUAGGGGACCAAACAUAACAGGCCGUCAAGGCCAUCGGUAGCACAGUAGCCAGACUUCAGGGCAGAGUGUGGCCAGAGUUCGCCCCUGCCAAGGCUCCCUUCUUUGCUCCACUGUGGGAGACUUCACCCUGGAAUAACUUGUUAACCCAUCAGGAGGUGAGGCAGGGGUCCCGAGGAAAGCACCGGAGCCAUGGAACCCAAAAGCUUUGGAAUCUCAGUCUGUCUGGUCUUUCUCUACCAUCUGUAGGGCAGCAAGCAAGUGAAUUAGCUCAGACCUCACUGAUGAAACAGGGAUCAUCACACAUACCUUACGAGGUGAUGCCAUCCUUAUGCCAAGCAUGACAGUAAUGUCUGGGAAGUGCUUUGUUGCAACCCAGGGCAGGGUCUGAUAGACCGUCACUGUCUCCUGCUGAGAGGUUUUUUUUUUUGUUGUUGUUGUUGUUGUUUUCAAUCUGGAAAGACAAGGAGGGCCUUCUGUUCACACAGGUUCAUGGGUGUUUUCUCAUGGAACAGAGGCCAUGCAGGCAAGGACUGGACUAUCUAGGGCAGACGAGAGGAGUCUCGACAGGGCCUUCUACAAACAGGCCCGGAGGCAAGGAAUGGCACAGAGCCUUCUCCUUGAGGUUGUAGGUGGAAGCUGUCUGGACAGAGGCCAUCUCACAGGCUUUUGUCUGUCCCACCUCCAGGCACCACCCCAGCCCUCUAACCCUGUGCCUGCACAGAGGAAGGAGAAGAACUUUGACUCUCUGCUGUCAGGAAGCCGCACCCAUUGCAGCAGCUGCUGAGAUGGGCCUUAUCCAGGCCUAUGCAAGGCCCUGCUGGGGAGGCCACACUCAAACACAGGACCUUUUCUGCGGGGUGGGGAGAAGGGGGCUGAGUCUGGCAGAACACAAGGAAAAGGGGGCCCUAAAGGAUUCCUGAGGGAAGGUGCCCUCCCAUCACCUUGUUGCCCCAAAUUUCUGAGACACAACACCAAGCUCUGUCUGUGUCACCACGGCCCUUUAGAAGAACACUGUCCUUCCGCUCUACUCACCUGUGUUUUCCCCUUCUUUUCCCCGCUGGAUCCCCUAAAUGACACAUGGUGACAGGUGGGGCUCUUAUCUGUAUGUCAUUAAUAUUUAACCUUCCUCCAAGGUCACUGACCCAGUAUCCUGGGCCAAAGGUUAACUGCCUUCACCUUGUUUAUGAAUAAAAAGCAAUUGAAUGGCCUGUUCUGGCCGGGUCAGUACAA